GCAUCUCUCUCUCCCCUGCUCCCUAACCGAAAUUCUGGCUACCACUUCUGUAAAGUCAGAGGGAGAUGAAAGCUGCAAAGGCACGUCUGUUGGACACACUGGAAAAGUUGUAGCAAAGGCAUUCCUUGGAUUUUCUCAUCAGAGUCGCAAUCAGGACUAAACACAACCCAUCAGAACUCACAGAGCAUUCCUUCCUUUCGGCUGAGGUUGAAGGUUUUUCUGGCGUGCAGGCGGGACAACAGUGGACGACGGUGGACUUUUGGAUCAUCUCUUUUAGGUUUGAAGGGACAAAAGCAGCAUCCAAAGCAAUUACAGGUUACGGUACAGUGAGAAUAGCCAGAGGUGGCUCCCGGAUUGUGAUUUGGGUGUGUGAGUUAUGUGUUUCUGUGGCGGACAAGUGAGGCAGCGCCUCCACAGAUGUUCAGAUGGAGUUAUCGUCUCGGCGAGGUGCAAGCUGACUGCAAUGUGAGAAGAGAAAACGAGGGACGUAAGGAGCUUAUCUUAUAUAUGGAACAGAAGGAACUAACGCACUGAUCAAACCUGGAAGACGCUUCCUUUUUUUCUCUCCUUUUUUGUAUCAUAUGAGCCAAUGAAGGGUUCGGACCAAAUAAAAGACUUGAGCUGGGAUUACGAUCAACUCUGGGAUUCAGUUCAACCAGCCGCACAUCUGUGCCUCAACACUUUUGAUUUUUCCGACCUCUGGGAUGAGGACGACAGUGAGGAAGAGGGAACUCAUACUGCAAGUGUAUCAACCCGUCUCAAAGGUCUCCUGGAAUCCCCCAAUCCUCCUCCUCCACCCCUGCCUCCUCCUCCUCCUCCUCCACCUCCUCUCGCGCCACCUUUGCCUUCAGCUUCACCCAAAGGUGCAGUCAUUAAAAGUCGCACCUUGAAGCUCCACUGGAGGGAACUGGAGAAUCUGGCACCGCUUCCCAGGAUGACACGCUUUGGGAAGCAGACCAUCUGGGCAGGACUUGAGCCCGUGCAUCUGGACACGAACCGACUGGGGUACUUGUUUGAAUCCAAGGUCAACAGCACCAGUUUCAAUGCGGUUCCUACUCGACAGAAGCAGCCGUCUGUCUCGGUGUUGGGGAUGAAGCGGAGUAACAUCAUCACCAUCGCCCUGAGCAGCCUGCCUCCUCCUCGCCUCCUCCCACCGGCUAUCUACAGCAUGGACAGCAGCGUGCUGGACAGAGAGGAUGUUCAGCGCCUUCAGGCUCUGAUCCCAACAGAGGAGGAACUUUGCCUCAUCAAAGAGGCUAAAGCCCAGAGUCCCCACUCUCCUCUGGCGCAAGCAGAGGUGUGCUUGCUCACUCUGGGGGAGAUCCCACACCUGACGACCAGGCUUCAGCUGUGGGCCUUCGCUCUGGACUACGACUCCUUAGAGCAGGAAAUUGCUGAACCUCUUUUCCACCUGAAGUUGGCCAUGGAGCAGCUGGCGGCCAGUCAGACCUUUAGGUGCAUUCUUGCAACGGUGCUUGCAGUCGGCAACUUCCUGAAUGGAUGUAAGGCCCGUGGCUUUGAGCUCAGCUACCUGGGAAAGCUGUCCCAGGUGAGGGAUACGCACAGCCGCCAGCCCCUGCUGCAUCACGUCUGCGUGCUGCUGCUGCAGCUCUACCCAGAAUCCUCCGACCUCUACUCGGACAUCACCGCUGUCACCAAAGCUGGCAAGUGCGACUACGCCCAGGUCCAGUCGAACUUUACCCAACUAGAAGCCAUGUGCAAAGCAUCGUGGGAACAGUUGAAAGUGCUGGAGAGGGCUGAGGAGAAGAGGAAAGGAGGAAAGGGAGAAAAGAGAAAAGGAACAGAUGACGAGGCCUUGGCCCCACAGGGUUCACUCCGUCACCGACUACCAAAGAUACUGAAAGAAUGCGAGGAACGGCUGAAAGUCCUCAAAGCUGUUCAUCGCCGGGUUAUCAAUAGGUUCCACUCUUUCCUCUUAUUCCUGGGCUACUCGCGAGCCAUGGUGAAAGACACCAAAGCCGAGGACUUCUGCAGAAUCAUCAGCAACUUCUCCCUGGAGUACAGGACCACGCGGCAGGCCAUCGUCCUGCAGAGGGAGAGGGAGCGGGAUCGGGUGAAGAGCAGAGCAGAGAGCCCGGGGCCAAACGCACCUGUGGGCAGGAGGAAAUGUUGGCAAACGCCGUCGCAGGAAAGUGAGGAACAGUCCAGGUUAGAAGAGGUGCUGAGGACGCCGGAGUCCAUCUUGAGAAUGGAUGUUACUUUGCCUAAAAGCCGCAGGAGGACGUCCAACAUCAAAGAUGCAUUUUCGCGGAAACUGAAGUGGUGACCCUGCUGAUUCUCUUUUCAGUCACUGGCAUAUGUUAUUUAUGACAUUUUUGUUACAUUAUUUUGGAGCAUUAUGUUGAGCAGCAGUAAUAAAUUGACUAUUACAUGACAUUUCACUUGCCAUUCAUUUGUUGAAUUCCAUGCAUUUAUGUAAUUUACCCCCCAAAAAUAA